AUACAUAUACAUAAUAUAGGUCUGCAGAAAUUCAUAGAAUUCAGUUAUAUAGGUAUAUUUACGAGAUCAUGCGAUUACAUAAUUUAUUUGAUCGUCUGAUUAAAUCAAUAGCUAUCCGGAAUUCAUAUCUAGGAUCAGUUUGUGUAUAUUAAUAUACAGAGUUUGAUUCAAAAGCUAUUUGAUCGCGUGAUAGACGUGAGACAUACGUCGAAAUUCAUAGUUAGGUAUGCAGAAAAACAGUUUAUGCUACACAGAAUUCGGUUUCAGGUUUAUCUAUCUGAUCAGGUUGUUGGAGCAGCUAGAGUAUGUACAUACUUAAGUCUGCAUAACAUCAGUUUGGCAUAAAACAGAAGCUAGCCAUACAGUUUGGCAUUGUUUCCUCUAAAACCUGAUUGUUAUACGUGUGAAUAUCGAUACUUGAUUUAGGAAAACUUGUAUUUAGUUUUGAUGCUGAGAUUGCUUUGAAGGGAAGAAAGAAUAAUAUACUGACAAUAUUGUUUAUUUAUUUAUUUAUCUCUGGUCCCCUGCUAUAAGUUUGGUAGAUAUAUUAUCAGUUAGUGGGACCGUGAUUUAGAGUUCAGUAAGUUUUUGACAGAUUUUGAUUAUUUAAGACUUGAAUUCAAUUCAAGGAAUUAAAAUCUUGUAACAGUAAUGUCAGAGAAAACAGCGCCUGUUUUUAAGUCUAUCAAAUCAUUGCCCGUAGACUAUAGGUAUAUGGAUUCAGCUGAAAAGUUUAGGGAUAGUGAUACUAGUGUGAAAUCUGAUGGUGUGCCCGAGAAUAGUGGUAGAGAUGGGCGGUUUAAUGAUGAUGAGGAUUCACCAUAUGGUCAUAGUCCUACUUCGUUAAUGGAUGAAAGAAGUUCGAUGGAUGACAAAGAUGUGAAACCUUCGGUAUCUAACCAGAAAUCGGAUUUAUCUUCACGGGGUUGGGAUGAAGUUGAUGUGUACAAUGCUGCAAAGAAGAAGCAUUAUGCUUGGUUUCAAGCCCCUGAUGGGAACUGGGAGCUCGCAAGGAUUAUAUCUGUGACAGGAACCGAGUCACUCAUAGCAUAUCGCGAAGAUAAAGUAUUAAAGGUUCAAUCUGAUUGUCUGUUACCUGCCAAUCCAGAAAUCCUUGACGGGGUAGAUGAUCUCAUGCAACUAAGCUAUUUAAGUGAACCAUCAGUUUUAUACAAUCUUCAAUAUAGAUAUGAUCGAGAUAUGAUCUAUUCAAAAGCAGGACCUGUUUUAGUUGCCAUCAAUCCCUUUAAGCCGAUACCAUACUAUGGGAAUGACUACAUUGAAGCCUAUAAGAGGAGAAAGAUGCAUAGCCCUCAUGUAUAUGCCAUUGCUGAUACAGCUAUCCGGGAAAUGAUUAGAGAUGAAGUAAAUCAGUCUAUUGUGAUAAGUGGUGAAAGCGGAGCAGGGAAAACUGAAACAGCGAAGAUAGCAAUGCAAUAUAUAGCUGCAGUAAGAGGCGGCAGUGGAAUAGAAUACGAGAUAUUGAAAACCAAUCCAAUUUUGGAGGGCUUUGGUAAUGCAAAAACAUCAAGAAAUGACAACUCAAGUCGUUUUGGAAAGCUAAUUGAAAUCCACUUCAGUGAUAUUGGAAAAAUAGCGGGUGCCAGUAUCCAAACAUUUCUUCUUGAAAAGUCACGAGUUGUUCAGUGCACAGAAGGGGAAAGGUCAUAUCAUUCAUUUUAUCAGCUUUGUGCAGGAGCUCCACCGUCUCUUAGAGAAAAAUUAAACCUGAAGAGUGUGCAUGAGUACAAAUAUCUGCAGCAAAGCAAUUGCUAUACUAUUCCUGGGGUUAAUGAUGCCGAACAAUUUGGUACUGUAAUGGAAGCACUGGAUAUUGUUCAUGUUAGCAAAGAGGACCAAGAAAAUGUUUGUGGCAUUCUCGCGGCGGUGUUGUGGCUGGGAAAUGUAACCUUUUCAAUUGUUGAUAAUGAAAACCAUGCAGAACCUGUGAUUGAUGAAGCUCUUCUAACUGUUGGUAAAUUGCUUGGGUGUGAGGCUGAGCAACUACAGCGUGCAUUUUCCACUCGGAAAAUGACAGUUAGUAAUGAAAGUAUUAUUCAAAAGCUAACUCUGGCCCAGGCUAUUGACUCACGGGAUGCAUUGGCGAAAUCAAUAUAUUCUUGUUUGUUUGAUUGGUUAGUGGAACAAAUCAACAAAUCACUUUCCACAGGGAAACGUCGUACAGGAAGAUCUAUCAGCAUUCUUGAUAUAUAUGGAUUCGAAUCAUUUGAUGUAAAUAGUUUAGAGCAGUUCUGCAUUAACUAUGCAAAUGAGAGAUUGCAGCAACACUUCAAUCGUCAUUUAUUCAAGUUAGAACAGGAGGAAUAUAUCCAAGAUGGCAUUGACUGGGCAAAGGUGGAUUUUGAGGACAAUCAAGCUUGUCUCAGUCUUUUUGAAAAGAAACCAUUGGGAUUACUGACUUUAUUAGAUGAAGAAUCCACUUUUCCAAAUGGGACAGAUAUGUCAUUAGCCAACAAACUAAAGCAGCAUUUGAAGUCUAAUCCAUGUUUUAGAGGAGAACGAGGCAAAUCAUUCACAGUUCUCCAUUAUGCUGGGGAAGUUACAUACGACACCACUGGAUUUCUGGAGAAAAAUCGUGAUUUAUUGCAUCUGGAUUCCAUUCUACUUCUGUCUUCAUGCACAUGCAAACUUCCUCAGAUAUUUGCUUCAAAUAUGCUUUCACAGUCGGAGAAGCCUGCGGCUGGCUCACUUAAUAAAUCAGGUGGAGUGGAUAUCCAGAAGCUUAGUGUAAUGUUGAAGUUCAAGGGUCAAUUGUUCCAACUAAUGCAACGUUUGGGGAACACAACAUCGCAUUUCAUACGUUGCAUCAAGCCCAAUAACUCGCACUCUCCUGGAAUUUACGAUCAACAACUUGUGCUGCAGCAGCUAAAAUGUUGUGGUGUUUUAGAAGUGGUUCGAAUAUCAAGAUCUGGAUUUCCAACAAGAAUGACCCAUCAAAAAUUCUCAAGAAGGUAUGGUUUUCUUCUUCUUGACCAUGUUGCGUCACAAGACCCACUAAGUGCGUCAGUGUCCAUUCUUAAUCAAUUUGACAUCCUCCCAGAGAUGUAUCAAGUUGGCUAUACAAAGUUGUUCUUUCGGACUGGACAGAUUGGUAAACUUGAGGAUACACGAAAUCGUACUCUCAAUGGCAUAUUACGUGUUCAAAGCUGCUUUAGAGGUCACAAAGCUCGUCAUUUGCUGAGGGAGAUGAAACGAAGAAUCUUCACUCUUCAGUCAUUUGUUCGUGGUCAAAAAGAUAGAAAGGAGUUUGCAAAAUUACUACACAGACAUAGAUCAGCCGUGCUUAUCCAAAAGUGGAUAAAGGCAAGAAGAGUCAGGAAAGAGUUUAAAAUACUUAAUGAUGCAUCAGCUGUUGUACAAGCUGUUAUUCGUGGAUGGCUAGUGCGGAAAUGCACAGGGGACAUUGCACUUAUUCAAUUUGGUUCCCGAAAGGGUAAGGAGGACGAUGUGCGGAUCAGCUCAUCAUAUCUUGCGGAGCUACAACGAAGAGUUCUUAAAUCUGAGAUUGGUUUACGAGAGAAAGAUGAGGAAAGGGAUAUGCUCUUACAACGGAUACAUCAAUAUGAGACCCGUUGGUCAGACUACGAACAAAAAAUGAAAUCCAUGGAAGAAUUAUGGCAGAAACAAAUGCACUCACUUCAAUCAAGUCUAACUCUAGCAAAACAAACCCUCACCAGCAUUGACGAUAACUCAGACCCUUCAGUAAAUCCAACAAACAAUGAAAGGUUUGAUGAACGAAACUUAAAUGGUCUAGGCGCAGGUGAUAAUGAAAUGGCUGCAGGUCUGAGUUUGAUUAGCCGGUUAGCAGAAGAAUUUGAUCAAAGAAGCCAAGUUUUCGGGGACGAUGCUAAGUUUUUGGUUGAGGUUAAGUCAGGUCAAGCUGAGGCUGAUUUGAACCCGGAGGAGGAACUAAGAAGGUUGAAACUAAGUUUUGAAGGUUGGAAGAAGGAUUUCGGCGCGAGAUUAAGGGAGACAAAAGUAAUUUUGAACAAGUUAAGUAGUGAAGAAAGUGGUGGUAGUGGUAGUGAAAAGGUUAAAAAGAAUUGGUGGGGAAGGCUCAACAGCUCAAGGAUUAAUUAAUUGAUUCCAUUAUACCCUCCAUUUGGUUUUAAUUGAUUUUGCUUGCUGUUUUUAUCAACCAUUAACAAAUAGUAACAAGUGUUUUAUAGGAAAAAGACUUGUUUUACAUAACAUAUAUUGACAAAUUUUGAUGUGUUAUUGAUGGUGUAUAUAUAAACUAGUGUGAAAGUAUCUUUAUUGGUGUUUUAGAAACCAACAAACAAUGAUUAUUUGGUUGAUGAAAGCUUUUGUUUGUGUAUGCUU